AUGGCGAUGGCAGGGCGCGGAGCGCGGAAGGCUGGGGACCACCUGCCUGUGGCGCGUAGGAGUAGGAGGCCCGCGCCGAGGGCGAGGCCAAGGGAAAGGGGGGAUGGAUGGAUGGAUGAUGGGAUGUCAAAAUGGGCCCCGCAUCGACAGGGGAACAUUCAAUCCCCCGUCAUCCAAGCCACCCUCCUCCAUCAACAGCCUAUCCAAGCCUACUCGCCAAUGUUUACGCUUCCACCAGAGAGCCGAAAGAAUGCGCACCCUAGACACAAGGUGGGCAAUACGGACCUGCAGAAGCAUGCAAAUCCAAGACCAUGUCCCGGGGGCGGGCUGGCUCCUCCGGCAGGGCCGCAGGUUCAACCUAGCCGUGGCACUGGAGACGUGAACGCCGUCAUGCCAUUCUUAGCCACCAGCACGCCCAUCCGUACAGGCGUCUUGUUCUCCCGCCGCGGGCCCGGCAUUGGUAGCCCCGCCGUCACCUGGGUGAACCGCCGCGGCUCGUGGCGUGGUGGGAGCAUGCUCCAGCCGUACUUGACGUUGCGGUUGGAGAAGGUGCAGGGUCGACGUCGAUGGAGUUUGUUAUGGGCAAGAUGCGCCGUUAGCAUAAGCCGGAGGUUUGCCGGCACUGUGCGCGCGACCUCAAGAGCGCAGCUACGGCCGGCCCCCGACGAGGCCCCCAUACUGCGCAAAGAGGUUAUCGUGGCUUGGCCGCCGGACCACGGCCUCUUUGACUACAGAUACGUCCCUGCAACACACGGCCAUGAGAGUGCUGCUAGUCGCCAACGCAACCAUUUUCCUACUGGACGCCACACCGGGAAGCUCGUGGCAGUGCCACGGCUGGAUCAUGUCGUUAAGGCUAUGCUGAGGAGAGACAACCACAGGUUCAUGUGCCCGAUGCAUCCAAGAGGCAUCAAGUUUAAGGUCAAGUUUAAGUUUGCGCAUCCCAUGACAUUGGAAUUGAGAGUUUAA